GCGUUCGCCGUCCAUGCAGUCCAUCGCACCCCCGACGAGGAGAGAGUUCGCGCUGACCGCCAUCCUCCUCGUCCUCCUCCUCACCUUCUUCAAGAAUGACGUCCCAUUAGAUUCUUCCUCUACCUCCGCACUUCUCCCCUUCGACUCUCUCGCUCGUCGCCCCGCAGGCAUCCUCCCCACACUCGAUCCCCAUGCUCGUCUCAACUGGCACUCUGGUCCUGUCCCACAAACCAAAAUCAUCGCUCAUGCUCCAGGCUGGACGACCUUUGACAGACUCUAUGUCUUCAAUGGUACACUCUUCGUCGUUACUGCAAACCCAGAGUCUGUGCCGGAGCGUAGGUUCAUGACGUCUACCGGUGUCAACAUCGGAAACAGUCCGGAGGAGGUUGCUGCUAGGAUGCCUGGUGAUAAGGAGAUGCGUAUCAUCACUCCUGAAGAGGCAAAGCGAUUAUUUGGUGUAGGCGCUAACCGUGUUGAAGGCGCAACAUGGUUGGCCAAUGACCCUCCUCAAUUCAUCACACAUUAUUAUCAUUGGUCCGCCGAACUCUUCUUCGGCUUCUGGCGCAUGUAUUCCACCCUUGACCCUCUAAUCCCCGCCGACGGACGUUCCGACCUCCCGCCCCCACGACGCAUGAUAUUCACCCACGGAGAUGCUGCCCACUGGCGCGAUUACGCCUCUAUGAAUCAAUAUGUUCUGCGAUCGACUUUCCCAUCUAUCUCUAUGGAGUUUUCAGCCGACUGGUCAGAUCGCGCCGCCAUGCAAGUUCCUUUUGUUUACGAUCGCGUGGUCCUCGCCGACCGUGCUGCUGCGUUUAACGGCGAGAACUUUGGGCGCACCCAGAGGACAGCAGCAGAACCGUUCACUCUUCCAGGUAGUCCCAACUGGUGGAGCACUGUCAGGGAGAAUGUCAUUGACUGGAGCGGUGUCGCGAAAGAAGUCGGUCAGGGGACAAGAGGGACCCCUGUCAUCACAUACGUUUCACGGCAGGGGUGGGGUCGCAGGAUGUUGAUACAGGAGGAUCACGAAAAACUAGUGAGCGAGUUGUACAAGCUCAGGGACCAGUAUGGGUAUGAGGUGAACGUCGUAAGCAUGGACAAGUUGUCAAGAGUCGAGCAAUUGAGAUUGGCGGCCAGAACGACGAUUAUGAUGGGAGUCCACGGGAAUGGGUUGACCUCUUUGAUCUGGAUGAAACCGUCUCCUCGAACCACGGUCAUGGAGUUCUUCUACCCAGGCGGUUUCGCGCAUGACUAUGAGUGGACCAGUCGAGCACUUGGUAUGGUGCAUUAUGGUUUUUGGGGUGACAGUGCCUUUACGAGCCCUGAUGUACCUCCCGUGGCUUACCCUGAAGGUUUCCAAGGCAAUGCAAUCCCCAUUGACGGCACUGUAGUCGCUAGAAUAUGCCAUGAACGCCUUACACUUGCUGAUGAAGCAGAUGAUUGAUUUGUCUCCUGUCUUGUUUCCUAGAGGGUGGUGAUUAGCUUCAUACACAGGAUUAUUAUUUUACUUAUUCUUAGUAAUCACUAUAUUGCAUGGUUGCUACAUAUGCUGUGUAGUGGAAGAGU